AUGAGUCAGCAACAAAAUGAUGCAUAUUUCACCAACUUGAUGAAUGAUGGGACUGAUUAUGAAUUUAUGAAUGAACCUCUUGACCAAGGGGAUCAGUCUUCCCCAAUCUCUCCUCAAAUAGAAACCACCAAGAAACCACAACGAGGUGGCAACUUCACUACAGAAGAAGACAGUAUGCUCAUAUCGGCAUGGCUUAACAUUAACUUAGAUCCAGUGCAAGGGAAUGAACAAAAAUCAAAGGCAUAUUGGCUAAGAGUGUGGGAAUAUUUCCACCAGUACAAAACGUUUUCAUCUAAUCGUAGUCAAACUUCUUUAAUGAAUCGUUGGUCAGCAAUUCAACUUGCCAUGAAUAAGUUCAGUGGGUGCUUCGCCCAAAUCCAAAGGUUGAAUCAAAGUGGAAAGACUGAAAAAGAUAAGAUUCUUGAUGCGAAGAAAUUAUACAAAGAGUUGUACAAAUCGUCAUUUCCAUUUGAACAUUGUAGGCAUGAGUUAAGAGAUCAACAAAAAUGGACAUUUCUAUUUGUUGAUCAAUUAAAUACAGAUUAUAAAAUUGAAGUUGUUAGGCAGAAACUUGCAAAGCUUAAGAAGCAAAACACAACCUAA